AUGCUUAGAACUCCAGCUGUCAAAUCACUACAGAGCCUUGCUCUUGUACCAAGAUGCACUGUACAACGCACCAUGUCAAUCGCUGCAACAAAGCAGGUUGUAACAUCGGACAAGAAAAUGUCCUUGUCUGAGCGUCUCGGUGGUGGAGCUGGAAGAGGCAAGCCUUUAGCAGCAGACGAUCCAUUUGCAACCUUUUUAGCCAAUGCACAGAAGAAGGCGAAGGCAAGCAAAGGAAAAACUGGACGACCACAGCAACCCAACAGAAAUAGACACCACACUGAAAAGCCAGGACAAUUUGACGAUGCAGUUGAAACAGCCGCUGGCACCAACGCACCAGCGGCUAAUACUCGCCCACAACGAACAUACGAAAGAAAGGAAGGUGAAAACGGUAAUAACCGUAGAAAAGAUAGAAAGAGAACUUUGUUGAGCAACCGAAGACCUCAAGAGCAACAACGAAGUACAUUACCAAAGGCUUCUGCUUUUGUUUCCAAGGACAUUGACUGGUCAUCCUUCCAGGCAGUCUCCCAUGUUGACGCUGUCCCCACGUCGACUGAUCAAAUUGUGACUGAAGAUGAACGUAUUGCUCAGCGACUGGAAAUACAAGGUGGCGACUACGAGCGAUAUCUUAAUGUUCAAGGCUUGCAAACUUCAGGCACUCUCAAUGCUGAAGCGAUUGAGAGACUAGUCGGCCAAAAUGCUACAUACUCCUUGCCUGAGAAGACCACCUUCCUUGCUACGCUCUCCAAUGCAGCUACUGGUGGUAAACCUGCUGCCUCUAAAAAAUAA